UUACCGUGUUGCAGAAUUGAAUGUGUGCCUGAUGCCGGAAAUAUUCGGAAGUGAGAAUUGUGUGCGAAACGUUACUCGGCGCCGAGUGUCUGAUGUGCGGACGAGUUGAGCGGGAACUUCCGACGUUCGGGCACCGUCAAACCUGAUGGAGGACCCGGUUUCUGAGUCGGGUGCGACAGCAACGGCAGGUGCCGACGGAACCCAAGAUGGCGGCUCUGUGUCCGGCGACGAGGAGGAGGACCCGACUCAGCUGCAGCCCAUGAUGUGCCUCAUUCACGAGCAGGCGAAAUCGAUGGUUGCUAUACAGGAGCUGCAGCGCGACGUUGAUAUCCUGCUGGAGUUUCGCGAGCAGCUGCUGUCGUCGCUUGGCGGAUUGUGCACGGCAGGCGCCGUGGCGUCCCCGGCGGCGCCCACGGCACGCAUCUCCAGACACCAUUCGCAGCCUACGAUCGGACCGCCUUCAGUUCCUCGUCGUGGGUUCUCUUUGUCGCCGGCAUCCCGCGCCUUGGGGUCCAGAACCCCGACCCUGGCUGCAUUUCGUCGCCUACAUCCCACGGCCAAGGAGUUGUCGAGUAAGUUGCGAGGAGCGGAGAAUGAUUCCGAGACGCUAGACACCUCGGAUGAAAUGGAUGGACGCCAUCCGUGGUUGCGCCGGACCGGCGCCACGUCUGGCCUGCCGCGGUACCACCACUCGUCACGGGCGCGGACGCGUCGACGGGCGGGUUCCAUCGCCGCCAACGACCCUGUCAGCGAAGGCUUUCUUCCAAUCUCGAAG